UUUAAAAUUGCAAUGAUAACUAAUGAAAUGCUAAGAUGUGAACAGCUGCACAAGAAUAUUUAACGGAUUUCUUGGAGCCAUCCCCACUUUUGAUGGGACUUUUAAAAAGGCUACUUCAUGGAAACACAUAGUGGACAGCACACAGCCACAGCCUAGGUGGGGGCCUGAUGGUGGUCAGCAGGCACUGCCAGGUGAGGCUGGUUACUUUGUUUGGGCACAGACCUCAUCACCAUUGGAGAGAGGAGCCUGACAGCCGUGUUCUCUCUGAGAUCACUGUGACCGUGUUCUUACUAAGGUCUCGGGGAGACUUUACUGAUGAAAUCUGUAAAAUGUAAUCAGAUGUGAGUUUUGGACUUUCCCAUAACCAAGGUCAGAAUGCUGCCCCUCCGUCAUGCUCUGGCUGUAGCUGUUGUCCAGAUCUUUAUCUUGUCAGAAAACUGGGCAUUGGCCAAGAACAUCAACUUCUACAACGUGAGGCCUCCUCUGGACCCUACGCCAUUUCCAAAUAGCUUCAAGUGUUUUACCUGUGAAAAUGCAAGGGAUAAUUAUAACUGCAAUCGAUGGGCAGAAGACAAAUGGUGCCCACAAAAUACACAGUACUGUCUGACAGUUCACCACUUCACCAGCCACGGAAGAAGUACAUCCAUUACCAAAAAAUGUGCCUCCAGAAGUGAAUGUCAUUUUGUUGGCUGCCACCACAGCCGAGAUUCUGAACAUACAGAGUGUAGGUCUUGCUGUGAAGGAAUGAUCUGUAAUGUAGAGUUACCCACCAACCACACUAAUGCAGUCUUCGCCGUGAUGCAUGCUCAGAGAACAUCCGGCAGCAGUGCCCCCACACUCUACCUACCAGUGCUGGCCUGGGUCUCCGUGCCUCUGCUGACAUGAAGCCACUGUUCCUAAGAGAGACAGAAACCGCCCUCCAAAGCACAAGCCAAAAAUUGUGUGAACGCUGAACGUUUGAGUGAAGACCAGUCUUGCACUUGGUGAAGAGUGCACCUUGGACGACCACAAAGCAGAAGCCAGUUGUUCGCUGAGCUAAAGCACUCCUAUGUCGGGCCACAGGAUGGAGGAAGGGGAUGUGGCAGGAAGUGAGGGGAUUGUCUGGCUUCCAGGCUUCCUGGUCAGAGGGGCUGCAUCUUGUCUCUUCUGCAGGGAGGAUCCUGCCAGUAUCUGCAACAGAGAGGUCGCAGCAGCCUGUUUUGGUCCUGCUGACCAGACCUUUAGCUGAAUGGACUGCUUGACCUCAAGACUCCUUCAGAAGCUGCUGGGUCAGAUUCUCUCAUUUCUGUGAUUAGCUCAGAGUGUCUCUAUGAAAUCAACUCUUCCAUCAUGAGAAAGCAAUUUUCCUACCAAUGACACAGUCAGUGAGAAAGGCAGCUAACUAUAGGAAGAAAACUUCAGUUGAACUAAUAUGAAACCCAUUUACUAUUGUGGGGGGAAAUAAAGCUUUUAAAUUAUACGGUAUAGAAUGCAUGCUUGUGUGUUUCUUGACUGACCUGGCGACCUCGGAUAAAACAUUUACCAGUGUUGUAAAGGAGGUCACUGAAGUUAAGUUUCCAUGCACCAUGGGUGAUCUAUUCCAGCUUGAAUUAUGAAAUUCUCUGCCAAAGUGACUUAGCUUUUUAUUUUUCAGGAAGGAUACUUCUUAGGAUGCUAAACGGUAAUUAGUCAAUUGAAAAGGUCAGGAAACCUUCCUGAUGGAGGAGGAUGAAGCCCUAUCACAUGUUGUACCCUCAGGGGUAGCAGCUUCACUUCAAAGAAACUGGCCAGGGGGCCCCUCCCCCAUACAGUGAGCUUUUCUCUGAAUGUCAGGGCCACCAAGAGAACCUUUCUAAAAACAUGCUAAAAUGUUUGGUCCCUUUGUCUCCUCUUUCCCUUUUAUAAUAGUCUCAGCAACUUCUGUUUUCAGAAUCCUGAUUUCCUACCUUUGCAGUUGGGGUGAGCUCUAAACACUCUGCCCUUGUAUGUAUGGUGAUAAUGGAGUAUUUUUGUUUGUUAAUUGAGCAUCUACCAUCGGGAGACUGAGUACUCCAUCAAGUCAGUCCAUUAAUGACACUAUCCUUACCAUGUGGGCUCACCUAUGGUGGGAGUCCGCAAACUAUGGUUCAUCAGCCAAAUACGUCCUACCACUUUUAGUCUGUUGGAUUUCUGUAACAAAUACACUAUUAGUUUUGUGGCUUAAAAAAAUUUUAAUCCUUACAGUUCUGGGGGCUGAGAAGUCCAAGAUCAAGGUGCCAGCAGAUCGGGUGUCUGAGGAGGGCAUUCUUUCUGGUUUGCAGACCACCAUUUGUAUUCAUACAGGGCAGAAUGCAGAGAGAGACUGGUCUCUUCAUUCCCUUAUAUGGCACUAUUCCCAUUCAUGAGGGCUCCACUUUCAUGACCUAAUUAACUCCCAGAGUCCUCAUAUCCAAAUACUAUCAAAUUGGGAAUUGAAGCUUCAACAUAUAAAUUUUGAAGGGACACAAACAUUCAGUUCCACAGCAGCCACCUAUUUUUGUGAAUAAAGUUUUAUUUGGAAUACAGACAUGUCUUCAUUUAUGUAUUGUCUAUGGCUGCUUUCAUGCUACAACAGCAAGGAGGAGUAGACGCAACAGACAUUAUAUGGCCUACAAAGUCUAAAAGAUUCGUUCUCUUGCCUUUUACAGUAAAACGUUGCUGAUGCCUAACCUAUGGAUUGGUAAAACAGAAUAGGGAGAAACUUGCUUGCUUUGCAGGGACCAUGGUUCUUAUAUGGUGGUUACUCAGCCUGUGCAGUGGUUUGCCAAAUUGCAUCCUUUAUAUUCUUUGUCUUCUGCGUCAGUGAAUUUUUCUUCUCUGUUUUGAUUUUACUCCACUGAUUUGAUUCAGUUUUUAGUUGUUAUGUGCUGAUGUCAGGUGCUGGCCUAUAUGUGUCUGUCUUCUCAUCCUUGAUGCACUGGGAGCAUCUCGUCUUAAGGCUCUCUUGAGUUUCCAAUAAAACAGGGAGGGAGCAGACAUCAUUAUCUCCCUGUCUCUGGCUUAAUCUUAGACUCACCUGGAAGCAUUGGUUUUGAAGCCUGGUGCAGAUUUAUCCUUCCUUUCACUCAGCACCUUGAAGUAUUUGAGUUUUCAUAGCUUAUGCUUGUUUGAAAUUAAUUAUAUAUGGCUUCACUUGGAACAUUUUAAUAGCAUCUUUGGUGUCUUUUUAUUCCCCAGGGUUUCUUUUGACUGUAUAAUUGACGAAUCGUCUGCUAAAAAGCCCUUAGCAGACAGUAUUUUUUUCCUUCCUGAUUUUGUUUCUGCUGUCUCGAUUAAUGAAGUUUCUGUGUGUGUGUGUGUGUGUUUCCUGAGGAAAUCAUUUUCUCCUCUUCACCCUGCAUAUCCUGUUUGCAUGGAUUUUACUCCUCACCACCACCCUCUUGAGCAUUUAAAAUAGGGCUGUGUUAAGCAAAAGGGGGAACACACAGAGGAAACAAACUCUUCACAGAUAUACAGCUCAGUCGCUAGGGGUGCCAGAUGUACAAAAAAAUAUAUAUAGGAUACCCCAUUAAAAUUGAAUUUCAGAUAAAUGAUUCAGAUAAAUUAUUCAUAAAGUCACAAAUCUGGCUCAUCCAAGGCAGUGUUUUCAAAUCCUUGUAAUCAGAAACUUCUGGUUUACUUCAAAACAAUACAAAUUCCCAGAGCAUCCUGGAGAUGUCGAUUCAGUAGAUCUGGGGUGAAGCAGAAGCCUAAUUCCAAUAACUGAGCGUUAAAUUAAAGAAAAUAAAAGCUCCUAGGUGAUUAUGAUGCUCAGCCAAGUGUUACCCUUGAUCUGAGAGGUUAAUUCCUUCCUCUGAAGCCCAGGCCUUGCUUGGCCAUGUAAUAUAAGAGCUAAUGAAUAAUAAACAUGUGUACAAAUAACCUAGGUUAGAGCUGUGGUUCUCAAAGCAUGGCCCCAGAUCUGCAUCGACAUCAUCUGGAAACGUGUUAGAAAUGCACAUUCUCAGACUUCAUCCCAGACCUACUGAAAACUCUGAGGGUUCAAUCUGUAUUUUAAUGAGUCCUUUAGGUCUCUCUGAAGCACAUACAAGUUCAAGAACCACUAGACCAGAGAAGUGCUUCCCAAAUGUCUUCAGUAAAUGGGUCCUUGGUGACUGCAUAAGAUUCACUUAGGCAGCUUGCAAAAAAAAGAAAAAAUUCAGAUUCUUUGUUGGAGUUGAGUCAGAAAAUCUAUUUUUAAAAAAAUCCUUGAGUGAUUCUGAUACACAGCCACUUUGGGAGCUACUAGAGAGUAGAGUUGGAAGUGGCAAUGGUGACCAGAAGACCCAGACGUUAAUACCUGGCCUUUGAGUUCUAACAUGAAAGCCCUAUGCAGUAUAAGUUGAUUCUUGGUGGUGUCUCCAGUGUAAUUUUAAAACUAGAAUCCAAGACAUAAAUCCAAUCAUUAGAGUCCAUUGCAUGAAUUUUUUAGUCCAUUGCAUAAGAAUCUGGAAUGGUGGCCAAGUGUCCCAGACCUUGUACUAAUUUGCCCCUCGUGAGCAAGAAACUGAAAAAUACUUUGGUGUCAAAAUAUCCAAUGAGAACUGAAGUAGUGGGGGCAGGAAAGAAGAGGUAGGUUUGUUGUUAGAAAAGAGGAUUAAUUAUAAAUAGGAGGGUCUGAGAGAAUGAACUCUCAAAACUCUGUUUUGUCUAGGCUCCCGAAUAAAUAGCUUCUAGAAUAAACUUCCAAUUCCUGUCCAUGACUCAUUUUCUGAAAAAGAAAAGAAUGGUACUGAACACUUUUUUUUCCCAUCUGUGUCUAAACUCUUCCUACAUCCAUUUCUGAGUGAAGUUAGCAGUCAGAAGUUAUAGGUGUUAUUUUCCAUACAAUCUACAUUCUGUUGUGUCAGUCACUGUGAAAUAUGUAUUUCAUAAGAAGAGGGAAGGAGGUGGGUGGUUUUCUCUUCACUGGGAAAGAAUUUCUAAAGCCACACGAAGCAUGAAUUGAGCGAUAUGAACUGGCACGGACUUGGGAAAUGAGGUGUGGUGUGGGACUGGGAAAAUGUAUUUCACAUUUGUGAGAGUACUAACUCUUAGGCAAAAGUUUUGUGACAUGUAGAUUGCCAUUUUAUAAAACUAUGACCUUU